UAAGAGCAAGACUUGCAACAUAACACUCCCAGUUGUUAUAUCAUAGUUCCGAGUUUUAACAUAUACACCCCAAAUCACUUUACACCCGAUCGAGCCAAUUCACAGCAGGCAACAUGGCUACCAGCGGCAACGAAAUCUCUGCUUCUGACGUCGCCAUCCUUAAUCGGCUUGGUAUCAACCCUGAUUCUCCCGAAGUGCCCAAAUUCCCCUCAGAAGAAUAUGUAGCCGCAACAUUCCCAAGCGAGGAUGAGAUCAAACUAUCUUUGCAACAGUGGUACUAUGCAAACGACGAAAGUUCCAAAGAGCUCCUAAACGGUGCAAAGCCCCUUCACCUGAUUGAAGUAUACGAUCUAGCAAGGGCUUAUUGGCUUCCAAGACUUCCCUCUCUGAAGGAUUUAGUGCUGGUGAUUUGGAAACUCAUCCCGAGUGCCCUACGCAAGACUAUCAAGGAAAAAGCCAAAAACGCAACUACGGAUGAUAAGGCAAGCAUCGCCAGCAUCAUCGUUUCGUUUGUUGCGACGGCGUUGGCUGCUUACGGAUUCCCUCCCAUUAUCGUUCGAACGCUUCUUGGACCGAUUGCGAGGCAGGUUGUGGACUGGAUCGUGGACAAUGUGAACGAACUUCCCGACUAAGCUUUUACACUGCAUUAGUCGUAGUUCAUCGAAAGAAACAUGGCUAUUGGAUUUGGAAGUUUUCAGAGCAUUCCACAACUUUCUUCCUACCGAAGCUAUUGGAUAUAAGGCUCAGAUAUCUUGUAUUGGUCACAUUUGUGGGUA